AUGACGGUCGAUUCCACAACGAUGUGGACUCAGGAAAAUUGUUGUGUGGUAAUCAGUUUUCUCAUUUUAUUUUCGAAACGAAUGCAUUUUUCAGCUUUGUGGUGAUUCUUGCCCUCUCGAGCAACAGAAAAAGGCUCACGUUCUGAAGCCUAGACACGUCAAGGUUUCCUAUUUCCAAGUUCGUUAAUAGAAAUUUUUUCGCAGAAAGAAAAGGUGCAGUCAUUCUAUGUGAAAGAAUUACCGAAGCGGGCUGCUGUUUCAAAAGAUUCCAUUCUUUUCCAAAGAUAUCAAAAGAAGAAGAGAAAAGUUGUUGGUUCGUACUUCUCCUACCUUCUUUUGUUGUCCCUAUCAGCUUCCGGUUAUUCACUCUAAAAGUUAAGGUCUCGAGUGUCUGCACGAAAUCCAUCUCAAGGACAAACCGGAAGUUUUCUGGUCUUGUUCUUUGUGUUUUGUCGCUGGCUCUUCUUUUGAAGCCGCUGACGCGCAUCUUCAGGAUCCUUAUCACAUUAGAAGCUAUCUUGUAAGAUUCAUAAUUAAAGCUCUAGUCAUAUUUUCGCGUAGGUCGAAUAUCACAGCCAAGAGAUGGAAAAGAUCGACGAUAUUGCGGCUGAUUGUGACUAUCUCUUUACCGUCGGCGAUGGCUAUUAUGAAAAAAACGGUUUUUAAAAUGGGUUUUAUCACUGUUAAUCGCCUUUCUCAGGGGUCACCCUUCCUCCGGAAAUUAUCGAAUUGGACUUUUCGCACAAAGAAGUUCUUGAAAAGUUUGGUUUGUCGGACGUUGAAGACUUCACGGAGCACCUGAGUCCCAACGAUCCCAACAGAACCAUAAUCAUCUGCACGGUAGCAGGACCUUUUUCGGUUUUCACAAGAACUCGCUGCAGACGUGUAAGGAGCCAAUUCCAUGUACUUUGUCGGAUAAGUACACAAUCAAACGGGCAAAAAAGGCUCAUUUGUCGUCGACCGAGCACUUGAGACGUUCCUUCUUCCUUCAAAUGCUCGAUAUCUGUUAGUUUCGGUUUCCUUUUCCACAUUUCAAUUGAGAUCUUUGAAGUUAACGUGCGACCAAACGCAGAGGUCGAUCCUCGUUACAAAAAGCGCAAUCACGACUGGAAAAAAGUAGGAAACGCUUUCCAUGGAGCCGUUUGCGGCCUGCGCUACGCAGUCAUCUUUGGUUUGUGACAUUCAGAAAGUUUUGUGCAAGUAGUUGAGCAACCAACAGAGCACCAAACACUUUGUGAGCUGUGUUAUUGCACAGUCGACUCUCUCGACGAACACUUCUCGAGCGAAUAUCAUCUUUUGCGAUUUGCGGUAUCUUCCUUAAGAAGAGAAAAUAAAAGCAUAAUGUUGAUAGGCAACGAAGUACCCGCAUGAGAUUUACCUUCUGAAGUAUCUUUCGCCGGAAGAGCGCCGCAACGGCCUUUCCGCCCUUCUGUGGCGGACUUCUUUGGAAAAUGACGAGACGCGUAGAGCCAUGAUCAGCGCUUUGCCUCCGAAAGUCACGGUUAGUAGCAAAUCGGUCAGAAAUCUGCAUCACUAUAAAACAGCUUUUUGUCGGAUUUCAAAUGGAACAGCCAUAUUCGUUAUCUUAUACGAUGAUUUAUAUCAGGAAAAAAGAAUUCCAGCUCAGUCUCUCUCUCCUUUCUUUGCAAACCUCAGCAAGCGUUUUUAGAUAGUUUUUCCGCGCACUGAGAAGAAAAGUCUAACUUUUCUGCAACAAAAGAUAUUUAAGGAUGGUAUACGAAAUGAUACUCGUCUUUGUGAAGAUCUGAUGCCUUCUCUUGGAAAUGCGGAAGGAAAUUGCAUUUUCUACUGUUCGGUGAGAUAUUCUCUAUAAAAAAGUUGAAAAUUUUGUUUGUAUUUAUUUUUUUAUGAAUUUUCAACAACAAAAAUAGUUAAUGAAUUUCGCAUCUUUCGGAAAUCACAAAGCUAUUAUCUUUAGAAUUUUUUUGCGUUUUCUGAUUGAUAUUGAUUUUUCGAUCGUAGAUCGGUUAUGAAAAAACUUUUACGGAUAAAUAAAACUGAAAAAAGCUGAUAGUUUUUUUUUCGAAAAUUAGUUAGAAAACUCAAAAAAAUUCGAAUCGUCAUUCAAUUUCAACAGGUAUGCAACACCAUAUCGAAAGCGACAAACGAGAGAAUGAAAAAAGAAUGGAGAAGUCACUGCGAAACUUUCGAGCAUUACUACAUGGACUCUCGGAGAGCUUGUUAUUUCCAUGGUUUCCCCCGAACAGAACGAGUUUUUAAAGUUAAAAAAUUAGACGAGGAAGCGCUGGUCCCGUGGGUGAGUUCGGUGCCGCCUUUGGAAACGGAGCAAAGAGGAAGUUGGAAAGAAGUCGUUCUGGAAGUUGGUUCCCUCUUUUGAAGCCUUUACAACUGACUUUCCAGACAAACAACGUCCGAGCCCAGUCUCAGUGCAACAUUGGCCUCAAUUACCUGGUAGACGACGAGGACGCCGAUGAGGUUCUUUUAUCGUUUAAUAGAAACUUUUUUUUUAAACAAAUAUGUUUUUUUUUCGGACAAAGUUAAUAAAAGUUUUUCUAAGUAACAUUUUUUUUUAAACGCGUUUUUGACUUUCAAAAAAUUAAGUUUUUCUUUCAAUUAAUUGUUGCAAAGAGUUUUUCAGAUGGUUUGCCUGCUGUGUGCACAGGUUUUCCAACGCUCCUCUUCGGUUUAUUGGCAUUUCCGCACCAAAGAUCAUACGAUCAGAUACAUUUUCAAGGUUGGCUUCCUAUUACAGAGAGGACAUUUAGCUGUUGUGUAGAAGUUUGCGGAAAAAGAGAUCAACGACGGACGGCUGGUCUCCUUGAUGAUGAAGCACGACAAUCCGAAGAAGGUCGAACAGGAAUUGCUCGAAUUCAUGCUGAAGAACACUACUUUUCUGGCCUCCAGCGUCAAAGUCUACUCUUUCAAGCUCUCUCGAGCUCUCGAAGCACUGCCGCCUGUUCCUAGACACCAGGUAUUGUUUUUUUUUUUUGCGAGUUAUAUGAAAAAGAACACUUUGGAGAAAUAAACAUUUUGUUUUUUUCGUGCGCUUCGUGAAUUAUUAUUUUUUGUUCAAUUUUUUGUAUUUUCCAUUUUGUUCGCUCUUUUUUUCCAUGUUUCACUAAGUAAUUUUAAAAAAAAUCAGCUUUUUUCACCCUUUCUUAAGUUUUUUUUGGAAUUUGAAACUGUUUGGCCUUGUAAUUGACGUUCAUGUUAAUUGAAUAGUUUUUUUCGAAUUUUUUUACACGUUUCAUGUACCAGUUUACAUAAUUUAUUAUUAAAACUGGUUUUUAAUUAUUUUUUUAUUAAAUUGAGGCUGAAGCAAGAUUUUUAUUAAAUAAUUAAACGUUAUAAUCGAUGUUGAAGCGAUUCUGCUCCUUUUUUUCAAACUUCCACGCUGGCAAACUUCUUUAUUUUUCUAUUCUUUACCUUGCGUUUUUUUCUGAGAUUUUUUUUUAUUUUCCGCUAUCUGUUAAUUUUUUCCAAAUUUUGCCGUUUUUUUGGGAAAAAAGAUUAUAUUUUGUGAUUCAAGAGAUUUUUCGUUCAGGUGGAUACUGCCUAUCAAAGUUUGCCGAAAGAUCCAGCCAAAAAGAACGAAAUAGUCAUCCCGAAGUCAGGUAAUUCAAUCAUCCGUUUGUUAUUUUUCCGAUUGCCUCAAAAACGGAGAUUUUUGCAGUCUCGAACCUUUCUGUGAGGCACGCCUUGUUGUGGACGAAUAUCGAAGUCCUGAAGUCAUUCGAAGGGGAAGGUGACAAGGCGCCUUACAUUCUGUGUCGUUGCAAGGUUACAUAUUCUCUUCCGAGUUCCAAACCGGUAGAACAGUUGUAAAUGAAGAAAUUAUUGAGCAUUCGAAAAAUAAUUCAGCACUCGAGAAAGCGUUGAAAACUUGUAAAAUAGUAUUUCUUUUGUACAUUUUUCCUUUGUUUCUAACUUUUAGAAAGUCGAAAAAGCGUUUGAUAAUAAUUCUAGGAAGAAGUAGACCUAUGCUUACAGUCUCCAGCGAACAAUCACGGAUGUUGAAAAUCAUCCUUUAAACAAAUGAUCUACACGGUUUAUUAACAGACAGCCGAUUUUCUGCUUACUCUACAGUAUUCUGCUCGUCUCUCAUGAAUAACUUUUGUGUGCAAACAAUUCAUUUUGUUCAUUUUCGUAGUAUAUUUAAUAUUUGAGACGAAUAAAGCAUCAAUCGAUAAAUUAAGGGAUGUGAGGUUUCGUUCUCAGUCAACCCCCAAGCGGUUUCUGCCGACGUUUUCCAACAUCAUUUGGGAAAAGACCCGCACAAAUGUCGUCUUUCUUUGUUGGCCACCAAUAAAUUCGGUCAUUCAGCUUUUUUUUUUUCAUUUUGAUUAUUCAAAUUAUCCUCACAACUGUUAUUUUUGAAAAAUUGCAUCAAUCUUUUAGACGAAUUCGGAUUUGUCUCUUCUGUCUCGUAUAACUUCAAAGAGUUCAACAAAGGCUCGGCCAAAAAGGUUUGAGAAUUUACGUUCUCUUAUUGAUCACUCGCUUAAGAUGGCCUGGCACUACGACACGGAAAAGAAGAGGUUUCAUUUUGUGCUGACGAUAGUGGGGUUCGAUGACGUCGUCGAGCGGUGGAGCGACUUUCCUGCUCGCGAAGAGCUGCCAGACUACUUCUGCAAGGUGUGCGCUCACCGCUUCGAGCACUCUGAUGAGGCUCUCGAGGAGCAUCUCCGGUCUGGCGACCACGUCAUGUGCUACGUGGUAGGUUGCGUUUGUUUUUUCGGAAAACUGUCCUUUUUAGAACAAACACAUCCCGCUGAGUGUGCCGGACAUUGAGCGCGAAGUGAAGGCUCUCGAAGUGAGGAGGAUGGUCGCCAAGCUGCUCAAAGGCUUGCCGGAAACUUCUAGCGGCAAGGUCCGCAUAUACGACCCUGUCACAGUUGCGCGUGAAGAACAAGCUAAAGAAGCCAAAGAAGCGCCAAUUGAGAAGAAAACACAAGAAAAAGCCAAGGCUCCUCCUCCAGCUCCACUGGUAAUCGUUCAGAGGCCUUUUGAAGAUCCUGAAACGUUCCUCCGAAGGAAAAGGCUGGAAGAAGCGCAAAUGCCCGAGCAAUCAAAGCAAUCCAGCAAUCCUGAAAAUGAGACUUCAUCUGUGGUCACUCAAGAAGGUCCUCCGCCUCCUCCGCCACGGACACAGCUGUUUCCCGUUUCCCUGAACGUCCAGCCACCGAUCCAACAGCCUAUCAUGCAUCCUCCAGUUUUUCAACCUCCGAUAAUACCGCCACCUGGCUUUGUUCAACCGACGAUACAAACGCCGGUGAUGCAACCGCCUAUGAUGCCUUCCAUGGCGAUGCCGCCUCCGUCGAUGCCGAAUCCUAUGAUGUCACAUCCGAUGAUGCCGUCGACCAUGAUUCCACCACCAUUUUUUGGAUUUUCUGGAGUCCCGCCACCAAACAUUCCAAUAGCACCAGUCAUUCCUCCACCACCAAAAGCUUCGAUUCCUGCUCCGAAGUUGGUUGUGCCAACUCCAAUCCAGACGGCGAAUCCCGCUGCUGCUUCUGUUCCGAAAAUCAAGCCAUUCAAACUUCUCAGACCAGAAGAGAGAGCGGUCUCGCCCCCUCCAACAGUUCGCAAAAGGUCUCUAGCCAGCGGAAGGCCUUCAAGUACGGAUAUGGCUGCCAGCACGAUCAAAAGUCGCAACGAAAUGCUUGAACUCAGUAAGUUUCUUUUUAUCGAAAGUUGUCUAAUUUUAUAGAAAUUACCGCACAAUUCGUUGGUUGAUGAUCAACAGGAUUUUGAAUAAAACGUGUAUUUUUAAAAUUUUCAGAGCGUUUUGUUGUUUUGUUAGAACGUCGACUGAUUGACAAAUAAAGAGUAUAACAAUUGUUUUUUUUUCUAUUCUUAAUUUUGUCUUUCACUAAUCGCUGGUUUAUAACAGGAAGAAGCUGAAAUUGCGUACUUCAUGAGUCAUUUCUUGUACACAAUCGAACAAAUAAUUUUUUUUUUUCGAGUUUUUGACUUAUUACCUCGCUGAUUCAGCUUCUUCGAACUCUCUUCAAUCAAUCUUCCAAGUUUGUAGACAAAAUUUAAGUGAGCCUUUCUUGCAGUUAUCACUCGCAAUGCAGAGUCGAUCCCGGAAGAUGAGCUACCGACUGAGUUCAACGAGUGUUUGGCGGCGAAUAUACGAGUGGUUGGUGCUGAGAGAGUUUUUGAAGUAAGUGAUAGAACAACGGGUCGUCCAGUUCGAAGCCUUGUAGGUGAUUUGCGCGGACGAUACCCGCUACGACUCUUUCUACUGCACCUGCUGCAAGUUCUGGUCCGCGCCGGGAGCCAUGAUCGAGCACCUCGUCGAUGAUUCUCACCUCGAGAGUUACCUCGUCAGUCAGGAAAAAGAACUUAAAAACUUUUUUGACCUAUAGGAUGGUCAUUAAUUUCAAAAAGUUUUUGAAACUCUUUUGAUUUGGGUCAUACUUGUGCAGCCAAAGUUCAAAACCACCACCUUAACUUCCCAGUCUUCGAAAAUUUAAGACAUCAUUACUCCCUGAGGUCAAACAUUUUUUUUGCGUUUUUUUUUUCGAAUAUCUGUAAGGGAGCUCCUCAGUUCAAAAAACUAUUGUAAGGAAAAAUUUGUGCUCUUCGUGUUUUUUUUCUUCCUAAUUGUCGCAAAAAAGUAUCGACAUUAUUAAGAAAAAAAGAACGGCCAAAGAGCAAGGGGCAAUGAAAAUUUAAUUUUUUUUUCUCCGAUACCCAGGGAAAAUUUUCCAAGUUGAUGUUUUCAGACUUAUUAAAAAUUUAAACUUUUCUAUCAUUAAAAAAAACUGAUUCAUUUUUGCAUGUCGACAAAUUAUCUUUCAAAACUUUUUCCUUGCAGUACGCCGCUCUACGAGAUCUUUACUACGAGGGAUUCGGACCGUACAAGACACGUAGCCUUCAAAAAUGCAGAGCUGAAGCGCGAAAAGUAUUAACAAUCAAAGUUCAAACUAUCUUUUACCUUUUUUAGCGACGACCUGAUCAGAGAGUUGUCAGUCGGAUGUGCAUGCUGCUCGACGCUGCGACGAUGAAGCGUUUUUGGCCUGAUUAUAAGGCGGACUUCUAUACCGUUAAAAAGAAAGGUCUCUUUUUUUGUUGAUAUCUCAUCGAGACUCUUUUUUCUUGCAGUGGAAACGCCUCCGUCGACGGAGAAGUCUUUGUGGAAACCUAUCGGAAACGCAGAACCUGUAGUGGAGUAUGGCGAAGACAGGUAAAGCCUUUUUCCGCAGAAGAACUCGUUUAAGAUAUGAUUUCGAUCCAUCUUACUAUUAAUUUCGAAAAGUUCUUAGCUAUACCGAAACUUCAACGGAAAUAUCCACUAUCUAUACGAAGCUUCAGUUUUGAAAAUGAAUCAAAAUGAAAAAAAUUUUUUUAACAUUUUCUGUUCAUCAAAAAAUAGUAGAAAAUUGCAAAGAUUCGUAUACCUAGAAGCAGAAUUUUUUGAGAAAUCGGUAUAACAAAAGUAGCUCCCCCUGUUUAGAUAUUAAUUUUUGCUUUCAAAUAAGUUUUUCAGUAUGGAUAUCGAAGAAGAUCAGGAACCAAAUGUUUCUUCUCGUCGAAGAUCAGUUUCCAGAGAGUAAGUGGAAUUGAUGAGCUCCUUAACAAUUUAGUUCACUCUUUUUCAAACUAUUAUUCAUUAUGAAGGUUAUUCAAAGUGGGACUUUCAGUCGUGACAUUCUAAGAGAUCGCUACCCGAGCUUUUCUUCGCAAAAAAGAGCAGAUUCGAGAAAGUGAGUGAACUUACUAUUUUCUUCCCUUGAAAGAUGGAAUAUAGUAUUUUAUUUUAUCUGUUCCCUUUCUCAAUUUAAUUAUGUUAUUUCCAGUAUGGAAUAUCCGGAUGAGCGUUCAGGCAUUUCGUCUCGGAGCAGAUAUGAACCCAGAAGGUUCAACUUUAUAUCCUUGAUCCAUGUGAAAGUUUAUUAUUUUUCAGUAAAGACGAAUAUCCCACCGAGAAGGCUUCAAGCAGACGUCGAAGCAGGUCACGGAGGUUCGUAACAUUUUUUUCAAUUUUGUCGGUGACUUUUUCAUUAAGUAGUAAAAAAAAAUGGUCUAAGAAAUGAAUAUCCGUAAAAAAAAACCUAGAAAAAAAAAAUAGAGUAUGGACUAUCGAAAGAAGGUUUUCAGUCGGGAUCGAGAACGCGUUUGGGAAAAGGAGAAGCAUCGUGCUGGCAGCUCUAAACACCACUCGUCGAAGAGUAGCCGAAAAGAAGAGCUGAAGAAAAAGACGAAACAUUCCAAGACACGCCGCAGUUCUUCGAGCUCUUCUUCCGAUGAACGUGAGGUUGAUGACGUCAUUAGAAGCUUUGCUGCACCUCCUGGUUCAACGACGUCUCGUAAACGCCGCGCCAGUCCAGAAGCCAACGAACGUGGAGAUUUCGCCGACAAGCUCGCCAGUCUCCGCGACAUGACUAAGAAGGGAUUGAUCAAGGCGACGGCGAUAGAUGAGAAAAUGAUGAGUGGAAUUAGUCGCAGAAGGAUGGAAGAAGAAUCGCCCCCACAGGCAGUGAAAAAAAGUGUCGACGCGACCUCGAUGCGUAAAUUUCUUGGCAUGCUGCUCACGAUUGACAAAGACAGAAUGAUGACGGGCGGCGCAGUAGAUCCAUCGAAAAUCCACGGGAUCGCCUCAGAAGUCGGACUCCAGUUCCAUAAUGACGGCGAAAUGAACGACAUUCUGGAAACGUUGGCUGCACAGAACGCAUCUUUUGAACGAACGCAGUCUGCGGAGCCAGCUCCAAAGUCUCGAAGCAGCGGAUCAAUCGACCUCCAGUCUUUUGGAAUUUUCAAUUCGGGCAACAGUUCGUUGCCUCCGCCACCGAAACCUCACUAUCAUCCUCCUACAACUAAUCCUUACCACCUGCCAUCUUUGCCGCGUCAUCCGCUUCCGCCUCUCAAUCAGCGUCCAUACGCCAAUCACUCUGCUUCUCAGAAAAACUUCACAGAACCUCCUGUAAAAAGUGAUGAGCUGAAAAGGAUAAUGGAGGGUUUGAAAAAAACCAAGGAACAAGAAGAUAACAGGAAGUUUUCUUUGAUGAUGAAGCCGCAAAACUACACAGCAAACGUCGAUGAAAUAUUCGGCAACUCGACGUCUUCUUUGGUUUAUCCUCAUGAUGAAGUAGCUUCGAACUCUUCGAAAAAUUCCGUCCCCACGUCGCUCAGCGGAUCUCCAGAUCCUUCUACGGAUAGUCCAGAAUCUAUGCUUUCGAAACAACAAAGGAAACGACUGAAGCGAAUCGAGAAAUUGAAGCUGAAACUGAAAGCUGAAGAAGAAGCAGUCAAUGAAGAGCGCCAACAGCGGCAAGAUCUACAAGCUGCCAAUGAGUCAGAAGUUGACCAAAGCAAGCAAAAUGAGAAGAAAGAACAACAAGAAGAAAUACCGCUGAUUGUUUUCCCACGACUUGGUCGCUCUGGGAUUCCUAACAAUUGGCCAUUGCGGGGACCUAGAGGUCCCACAGAGACGUCGGAAGCGAACACCUCCAACGAACAGAACGCGACUACGACUCCCGCUGCUCCUGUGGCCCCGGGUCAGAAGAUGGCUCUUGCUCGAACAGUUCUCCCCAAUGGAUCUCGUGUUUCUUCCGCUUCUGAACCCUUGCCAAAGAAGGAUGCAGCUAUUGGCUCUGCUUCGGUAGCACCUCAAAACACACUGACCACCUCGACGGCUUCUACUCCUACGAAUUAUUCAUCGGAAUUCUAUCUGAAUCCUCCGCCAGGACUCUUCAAUUUGCCGCAGCAGCAUUAUCAAGUACCGGUUCAGCAGCAGCCGUCCUACGUUCCGCCACCUCAUCAUGUUCAGCCUCCUGCUCAGCUUUACCAUCUUGCUCCAGAACAGCAGUACAUGCUGCAGCAGCCGCCGCAUCUUGGCAUGCCUCCUCCGGUUAUGGCGCAACAGAUAAUCCCUUCCCAGCAAUUUACAGUUUAUCAACAGCUUCCUCCCGAUCCCAACGCACCUUUUCCACCCUAUCACGAUACGAACUAUCAUCCAUUUUGAUUUAUUCGAGAUUUUCUGUUUGAGCUAUGCCCUUGUGGUUUAGGUAUAAAUUAUAUCCGUCUAUUUAUAUCGAGUUUUCAAAAAAAUCCAAAACUUAUGAUAGCUAGUAUAACAAAUUCAAAUGAAAAGGUUUCAGAACUACUAAAUCUUUUGACUUUUUAUUUCUAGUUGAAAAAAAACACUUCUUUAUAUAUUUUUUUUUCUGUGGUUCUUCUCCCCGUUCACUUUAUUUCUUGCCAUCUACGUGUUUCCUGUAGUUGUUUUUUUCUCUAAUUUAUGAAUUCUUUGAAUUAUUUCUUCAUUCUUCGGUCUGUGAAUACACCAAAACGAGACUUUCUUAGUUUUCCCAAUGAAUCGGUUUAUCUGUUUUAACAUCAGUUUAUUACACAACGAUGAAACGCAAAGUAGUGACGAUGAAGUAAGUCAGAAAACGGAGCGUGACCUCCCUUCUGACCCAAUUUCAGGGCUAAUGUCUUGAAAAAAGGUACGAGUUGCGGCCGACCGUUUGAUUUCCCAUCGCUGGCACCACUGAUUCAUCAACUGCACUUUGCCAAGGUCGAAUUUUCGCUUUUCGGGAUUUUUCUGAUGGUCCCCUAGACGAUAACGUUUUUUGAAAAAAAGUUCUUGCGUAAAAAAGAAGAUUGGAGAUUUGAAAGACAGAAAUUAACGACCUUUUGAUUGGAUUAGAAGCGCAACUUGACCUCAAGGUUUUCCCUCUAAGUUUUGAUUGCUUUCUUUUCAAGUCUGGUCCAAAAUUUUAAAAAAUCUUGAAAAGGCGUUACCAGGAUUCAUUAAUAUAGCCAGCUCGAAUGCUUUAGUGAAGUAGAGUAAUCCAAUCACAGGCGAAUUGGAAAGAAACCAUAAUGUGUCCGCAAAUAUACAGUAGCGGAACUCGACCAUAAACAGUCGGAUUGGAGGGAAUUUUCGAUAUGUGGUGUGAAUAACCAAAAAAAAUACUCACCCAUUUCCUCUACUGUACCUCUAAAAGUGGAUCGUGAAGACCCCAUAAUAUGUCCAUCGUGAUACCUCCGUGAAAACCUUUUAGCUCUAUCUGAGCCAUAUCAGAGGUCCUUGAGAGUCUAUCUCAAGUUUUUGAAAAAAAAAAUGAGAAGACAGUGGAUUUGUGUGUAAGAGGUCAAGGAGUGAAAAAAGAUACAAACAUUUAUGUAGUUCAUGUUUGCUCGGCCUGAAAAGAUGUGCACUUUCUCCUUGAUUUCGAUUCGAAUGAGGUUUCGCUGCCAGAACUCAUGAAGAAGGUCGGCCUGCGGGAAAAAAAGAAAUUCAAAUGUGCUGAUUGCAGGUAAAACAGGCGCAGCAGCACCGACGAGAUGAAACGCCUCACCUUGACCCUGGAGAUGUUUUUCGGGUGCACGAGACCCCACGCAAUCACUUUUGCCCCGUUUUAUUCGUUCGGUCCAGCGGUGUCGACGACGUCGCUUUUUGUCAAGAGCCGUUUUUGCAUGGCAAGUCCUUGUUCGGAAAAGUGGCACCGUACCUCCGAACAACCAAACUCUCAAAAUCAUGCAACGCAUCGCCCGUUUUCUCAUAUGCCGAGAAGCUGUUGUUUCUAGGUGGAACUACCUCAUGAGGAAGCUAAUUCUAAUUCGUCAUUUAGAAACUUUGCAUAAAUAAUCUCUGGAGGAAUUUUUAUUUGGAAGAAGUUCGUAGAAAAAUGGAGAAUUCCGAGCGACAGGAGGUAUAAUACAGCAUUUCCCACACGUGGAUUUUUAAAAAAGUCCUAUUUGAAGGAUUACUAAUUAAAAUUUACAGAAAAAUAAAAUAGCUUUCUUGUAAGCACAUUCUCGAUCACUUUUGAAACAAGAAUAUCAAACCUCAACGAUUUUGUGAGAUUUUCUAGCGGAUCCAUUGGCUUUUCCAGCGCCUGAUUUAACCUUUCUCGGCAAUUAGACAGAAUUUUCCUUAUUUUAUUUGGCUAGACUAUUCUGCUUUGGAUCUUUGAAAGAGUCGGGAGGUUUUUCUCAGAUUUGCUCCUUUCUGGUGGUUUCCGGCGUCGCUGGCAUCUUCGGAUCCGCAUGUUUUUUGCGGCGAUUCUCCAACGAUCUUAUCCACGCCGAUAUCUCACCAGUGCCAUCGUCCUUUCCCUCAUCCGCGCUUAUCUUCUGUCCGCCGCAACAAUCGGCAUUUUUUUGGGCUCCGUCUUUUUUUUUUCUUUAAAUUCCCCGUUUUUUUUUUCUACCUUGAUACUUCUUUGGCUGAAUAAUUUUCGCCCAAACAAAACGUCACUCGAAAAAAAGAACAUGAAUUUUCGGGUGGUUUAGGUGUUCAUGGUAUCAUUUAUUUUCUGAACGAGAGUACCAAGGAGUAUUCAUUUACUCAUUUUAUGUAUUUACAUGAGCAAAUGAGAAAGAAAAGCCAAAUUCGCCAAAAAUCUUCUAUCGACCUUUCGGAUGAAAUUUGCAGCAAAAAAAGAUCCAAUUUUUCGUCAAGCUAUUUAAUACUUCAAGGCUUCCAAUAGCAAUAAAGAUAUAAUGUAAAUACGGAAUUCAAGAAGGUGUAUAGUUCCAGCCCAGUGGGAUGGAUUUGAGAAUUUCUCUGUUUUUUUUAGGCUAUCAAACUUUGAAGCUUCACGUCUUCUGAUUAUAAUCAUCGAAGAGCUUAAAGGCAUAUUCAGAAAAGACGAUGUAAGUGAGUGGAGAUAGGGAUUCAGUAUUGUCGGUCAAUCUAUGAACAUCACCGCUUUUUCCGGUUUCCAAUUUAACUUAUCAGUUGACAAGGUCAGUCAAAAAUUCCUGACCCAGUUUGCCAGAUUUUCUGUUUCGGACCCGCCUCAUAUUUAUCACCUCUGUUUUUUGGGUCUCUCAGAAAGUUUUCGACUUGUCUAUCAUUCGAUUUCUAUCUUUUCUUCCUACUUUGAACUCGGUCUAACUUUUACUUCGUAAAUAAACUUUGGUCCACUUUCGAUCGGUCAGAAUUAUGUUCAGCAACAGUUUUUGUUUGCUCUGCGGCGAGAUCCCGGAUGACCUCGUCGCUCCCGAUUUACUUAGUCUUAUUUCCUACGGACAUCCAUAUUUACCUGUGAAAUUUGCAAUUGUGUCCAUUCCACAGUUCUUUCCCCAUACACUUCGAAUUUCGUUGCACUUCCUGUACACGGCCCUUUGAGCGCUGCGAAAUCGUUUUCAGAGUCACUUCCUAGUCUCAGGGAAAAGCUCCCCCACCGAUCAGAAAAUAAUAAUAUUUAAAACUAUUGUUCGAAACUCUUUCCAUCAAGACUGCAAGGAAAUUUGAGAAUCUAUUUAGUUCAUUCCGCAUUUGAAUAGUACUUCGCGAGACGAGCCGUUGAUUUAUACCAUUUUUCUCCGCUCCAAUUCCUCUCGACUUCAAAGUUCCAGUGGCGCAAUCGUAGACGAGACGAGAACAUCAAAUUUGUCCUUUUUUAUGAGAAAAAGGCGCUAGGUCCAAUUAAAUUUGCGCUAAACGGUGUCCUUUGAAGGCCUUUGAGGACCAAGUCGACCUCGAAGGCCCGAGUCAAAACGAUCACAGCUACUUUCGGAUCGGCCGUAGCUCUUCGGGAAUUCCUAGUGUUUCCCUUGUUGCGUCAAGUUUUGUGGAACUGACAAAGGCAAUUGGCCUUCGUGCCUACGACCCCUUUACGUCCAUUCAAAUUCAAAUCUUUGUGAUUUUUCAAAUUCACGCAAUACUGGACAGCGUUCGUUUCUUUAUAAAGACAUUUUUAAUUUUUUUUUGUUUGAGUCAUUCUUUGGCUGUAAUAGAAGUGGCUUCCUGGUGGAUCAUUAAUUUGUACUAUUUUUGUAUGAUAUAGAUUUCUACAACUCGAAACCCCGUAUUCUUUCUGAAACCUGAAUGAUUAGAAUAUUUUGAAAAAUUGCGACUUUUGAAUUGAUCAUAUUGUUAGGAAAAUAUUUGGAAGAAACUCUAUCUCGCUUUUUUUUUCGGAAAGUACACAGGAACCACUUUGCUCAAAUCCAGCUUUUUUUUGGCGUUAUGGGCGGUACAGGUGGAGGCGCGUUUAAUCUCAGGGAAUGCGAAAAUGUCCUUGACCAGACCUCCAAAUAUUGCGUUAUGCCGUUUGUGAGCGGAUGGAGACUCCCGAACUUGUUAGCCGCUUUUCUCCUUGGAACGAGACACCUCCGUCCUAUUUUCCGGCCCCGACACUCCGCCUUCGGCGUUGACAACCGUUCCAAAACGACGUCUUCCGCGGUUGCUCCGCUCCGAUACUUCUGCACCUAA